ACACCAUCCUCCGGGGAUAUGUCAAAACAUUUUUUUUCUUAUUCGAGGGGGAAUUCUUAUGCACGUUCUGGUCUCCACGGCUGUCCAUGCCCACAAAUUAAACUGUUGGCUUCUCUAGGGAAUAGUUUCAUUAUACUUUAGUUUACCAUGGCCUCUACCAUGCUUCGGCCGGUGGCAACUUACCCCUUCUCCUCAUAUCCUCCUGACUUCAACAUGAUGUCGGACGACGAGGGGAACCGCAGCGGGAGCGACGGCAGCUCGGACCAGAGCUAUGGAUGCUGUGUCUCUUCAGAGAAGACUUGUCGGCAGAUUUCCCGCGUGGUGGGAGUCGGUGGGGUUGUUGUGGUCAAACAGCGCAACACAGCCAACGCCAGGGAGCGAGACCGGACCCAAAGCGUCAACACCGCCUUCACCGCGCUCCGGACACUCAUACCCACGGAGCCGGUGGACAGAAAGCUCUCCAAAAUUGAAACGCUCCGGUUGGCGUCCAGCUACAUCUCGCAUUUGGCCAACAUUCUUGUCCUUGGGGACGGGUGCGAGGAUGGGCAGCCGUGCUUGAGUGCAGUGUAUCGCGUGCAAGGAGAUGGCGAGGGGAAGCAACCCAGAACAAUCUGCACCUUUUGCUUGAGCAACCAGCGGAAAAGGGGGAAAGAUGGUCGGGGUUGUCUGAAAAUGCAUGCAACCCGUGCACUACGAAUGAACCGAAGAUAGACAACUCUCAGACUCCAAGGAUGGUUUAGUUCAAGUCCGCACCUCAGGGAAAAACUCCAGCUAUCACACCUAGACCGACACAUUGGCCAGAAUGCCUUCGAACUUCGGAAAAAGACUGUCAAAAAUGAGUAUCAGGAAUGUGUUUGCUUGAGAAAUGAAUGUUCCUCUCAUAAUGCUGGUUUGGUGAAAUGUGAUUUUGGACGAACAAAUGAGACUAUUUGGUUGCC